AUGGCUUCUCGCUCAGAACAAUAUCAGCAGCGGCAGCAACUGCAACGGCCGCAACAAGCUCCAUUGCAAUACUCUCAACCAACGCAAGAACAACAACAGAGCGGCCAAGCAAAGCCACGCAGUUACAGCAUCCAGUCUCAAAAGUCUCAAAAGACCCAUCGAAGCAGCGGAAGCAAGCACGAUUUCCACGAAACCCACGAGGAGAAGGAAGCUAGACGUCUACACAGCAAGGCCGAUCCCACAUUGGCCAUGAACGAAGCAGAGCCAUCCAUGGUCGCAGCUAUGAAAUCGGAGAGAACCCAAAUCUCGCUUCGCGCGAUGCAGCACAGGGAUUCGUGGGGGAAUCCAAUCGCGGACCCGGACAAGUCAAACCCGACCCGGAACCGGUGGGAGCGGCCCCUCGAUACGAUCCGUAGCUUUGAGGCCGCCAUUGACGGUGGCUACCAGCGCAAAUCGCUGUAUCGAGCAGAUACCGAUUCAGUAGCAAACUGGAACCGCCGGAGCAGCUUCCACCCCGCAAACCAACCUCGAUUUCCUCAAGACAGCUAUUACGGCAGCCGGCCUGUUUCGUUUAGAGGAGAUAGCCAGUACGGGCUGCAAACGCCAGGUACAGCCAGGAACAGCAUAUACGACAACCAGAAUGCAGGUGGCUAUGAACGAGGAUAUGGAGGUAGCAGGCACAUGUCACGGGAUCGUAACCAGAGGAUGCCAUCCGAGUCGCAACACCAAGUGUACGGGCGCGAGCAGGGCGUCUAUCCCAUGCCUCACAAGGACAGGUCAUAUGAAACUGUAACAUCCGCUGCACCUAGUGGUAAUUCGGACCCUGCCGGCUAUCAGACGGACCCUACGUCCAGCGACAACAGCUCCAUCGACAGAAUAGCGCCCACGAAGCGUGCUGAGCCCGUGAAUGAUUAUGGCAUUGGAUUUAGCCAGACACAAGCUUACGACGUUCAAAGCUUCGCAGUCGGAAACCAGGCUAACAACCACCCGCUGCCUCCACCACCACCUCCCCAUACUCGCGCACAGGCAGCACCUCUCCCGCCCGCAGUACCUCGCAAGGGAUCUGUUUUGCGACGACAAGCUUCACAACCGGAUAGUAACACGGACAAGCGGAAGAGCUGGUUUAGCCGUCGCUUUAGCAGGAACGGCUAG